AUGCACCCAUGCCGUAAUUCGAUAACUGUACUCUGGUUUAAAGGCGACGUACCAAGCGACCCUGUAAAGGAACGAAGAUUCAGGGUUCUGCUCACUACAGUGCUACUCGCAUCUAUUACCAUCCUCGGCAUGGCCGUGGAUUCACUAGGAAUAAUCAUGGAGCUUGCUGGUCUACUUGGUGGCAAUACAAUGUGUUAUGUCAUGCCGACAUAUCUCUAUUGUGUCAUGUUCGCAGGCAAUAGAGACUGGACUUGGUAUCUAAGUGCAGUCUCAUUCUGCUUCUUCAUGCUCCUUUAUCCA